GACGAGACUGGAGCCUAUCUGAUUGACAGAGACCCCACCUACUUUGGUCCUAUCCUAAACUACCUCCGACAUGGAAAACUUAUCAUUACCAAGGAGCUGGCAGAAGAAGGUGUGCUGGAAGAAGCAGAGUUUUACAAUAUCGCAUCUCUCGUGCGGCUGGUUAAGGAAAGGAUACGAGACAAUGAGAACAGAACUUCACAAGGCCCCGUGAAGCACGUGUACCGAGUCCUGCAGUGUCAAGAGGAAGAGCUCACUCAGAUGGUCUCCACCAUGUCUGACGGCUGGAAAUUCGAACAGCUCAUCAGCAUUGGCUCCUCCUAUAACUAUGGAAAUGAAGACCAGGCAGAAUUCCUUUGUGUUGUCUCCAGAGAACUAAAUAAUUCUACCAAUGGCAUCGUCAUAGAGCCAAGUGAAAAAGCCAAGAUUCUUCAGGAGAGAGGCUCUCGGAUGUAAACAGGGAAUUUGAAGUUCCAGAACCCUGAAGGCAAGAGAGUGAUCGGCUGAGCAGCUGUGAAGGGGACCCCUGCACCUGUACAGUAACUGAGCUGCUGCAAAGCGAAGCGAAGCUACACCUGGUCCUAGAGAAGUGGUGUCUGCGCAAACCGGAGGAGCCCCGCCCGCCUCGGACGAAGACAGCGCGCCUCUGGCCCCACGGCCCCUUUCCAGAACCCUGUUUUUGUUUUCUAGCCAGUUAUGACAGACCUUCAUAACAGCAUCUGGGAUGGGUCCCUGGCUGGAGCCUUACGGGGAGCUGGGGGAAAAGGAGGAGGGUCUAGCUCCCUGAAAACCGUCUAGACAAGGAGGCUGGUCCAGAGCUGGGCCCUGGCCUCAGCCUGUGUGUGCCCUGAUGGGCCAUUCUUCCCUCACCGGGGCAUCUUUUGAGGUUGGCAGGAGUGUAGAUGAUUCCAGCCUUAGUGCAUUGAAUCGAGGCUUUGGGUACAGACUAGAGUUGCCAGAGGACCCACAAUCCUAUGAACAGAGCCUCAGAGGCAGGAGGAUGAGGUGUCCUGUGCUGUGCUUAAGAGUGUGGUGGCUGCUGCUCCUGGUUCUGAGCCCCGCCCUGUUCCCAUGCGUGGCUUCACCCCGAGGUGCCCCAGGUGGCCCAGCCUCGAGCAGGAGGUUAGAGGUUGUGGUACCCUUAGCAGGGCUGGACGGACGACGGUACUAAGCAGUUGCUGUAACUGCGUCUUCAUUUCUUACCUGGUUGGCCCCGUCUUCCUCCCCCAGCUUCUUGUACUGGACCAAAGAGAACGGACUUUGUGGACCCUAUUUAAUGGCUUGGGGUGAGGAAGGCUAUUUCCGUGGAAGCUGCCAAAUGUGCCGUGUUGUCACAACUAAAAGUGGUGGUAGUGUUUCUGUGAUUGUCUCUUGAACAUGCACUGAUAGGUUGUA